UUUGGCCCGGGGACGCCCGGCGGCCCGAUGGGUCUGCUCUCUGCACGCAUUGUGGGUUAGGUGCCCGCGGGCCGUGGGCUGGCCCGGGGCUCUGCCUCAGCGCCGGCCUGGCAGGUCUCAGGCUCGGUACUGGCGAUACGGUGGCCGCCAGGGUCGUGUGCCAGGAUGCACGAUGGGUGGCUCUUGGUUCCAGAAAGGAGACUGACUCUCUCGUGGGGGGCUGUGCAUGCACACAGGGGUCACGCGGCCGGGGGACCAGCUCUGGCAGCAUCCCCGUUGGUGAAGUGGGGGACCAGGGGCGGGGCGGCGGCCCCCCGAGGCGCCUAGCCUGCCGCCUGGCCCCCUGGAUGUGCCCUCUUCAGUUUGAGGAACUGAUCGUUGUCAGCGGCUGAAGUGACCGAAACCUUGUCCGGCGCCCAGACCUCACUGUCUCGUGAAGCCGGGAAGGAAGCUGUGAGCGGGGCCACAGGGCACGUGGCUUCUUCCAGGGAUCAGCAGGGCAGCCGCGUGCACCAGGCCGAGGGGACCCCCGGAGUGGGGAGGAGUGGCGACAGAGCCUCCCUCGCAGCUGCUCUGGGAGUGGGAGUGGGGUUCAGGUGCAGAGAGCAGAUCACCGGGAAACGCAGAAAACCGGGCUCCUGGGGCCGUUGCAGCUGCGCGGCUGCAUCCGCCCAUGUCACGUGUCUUCCUUAUACGUCCCGUGUCUAACAGGUUUGUCAUCGGGGAGCGUCUAGCCCGUGUUCACCUUCUCAGUCGGACCCCCCCCAGAGCCGUCCCACUUGGAGGUGCCACCGUGGGCCCUGUGGGGCCCCCUGCAGCUGCUGUUGCCUCCCCUGCACCCUGCCCGGGGCAGAUCAAACACGUAGCCUCAAGACCUAGGUUGCGUAGCACCUCUCAAGUGAGGUUUUUAUUCUGGAGUGGUUUUAGGUUUACAGAAAGAUGCAGACCGAGGCACACUGUGGAAACUAGGACACGACGGUGCUCCGUUACUGUCCCCCGCGCUCCAGGCUGCAGACAGGGGUUGUGGUUUAUGGAAAGAAGACCCCAGAGGGUGGAUUUGAACACCGACAGAAGGAUCAGUGCCAAGGAGAUGCAGCGCUGGAUCAUGGAGAAGACGGCCGAGCACUUCCAGGAGGCCAUCACGGAGAGCAAGGCGCACUUCCGAGCCGUGGACCCCGACGGUGACGGCCAUGUGUCAUGGGAUGAGUACAAGGUGAAGUUUUUGGCAAGCAAAGGCCAUGAUGAGAGAGAAGUUGCUGAUAAGAUAAAGAAUAAGUGGGACCUGAACAUCGACGAAGAGACACAGGAAGUCCUGGAGAACCUCAAAGACCGCUGGUAUCAGGCGGACAACCCGCCCCCGGACCUGCUGCUGACGGAGAGCGAGUUCCUGUCGUUCCUGCACCCUGAGCACAGCCGCGGCAUGCUGCAGUUCAUGGUCAAGGAGAUCAUCCGGGACCUGGACCAGGAUGGUGACAAGAAGCUCUCGCUGUCCGAGUUCAUCUCUCUGCCCGUGGGCACCGUGGAGAACCAGCAGGGCCAGGACGUGGACGACGGCUGGGUGCGAGACAGGAAGAGAGAGUUCGAGGAGCUGAUCGAUGCCAACCGCGACGGGAUCGUGACCGCGGCGGAGCUGGAGGACUACAUGGACCCCAUGAACGAGUUCAGCGCCCUCAACGAGGCCAAGCAGAUGAUCGCCGUUGCCGACGAGAACCAGAACCACUGCCUGGAGCCCGAGGAGGUGCUCAAGUACAGCGAGUUCUUCACGGGCAGCAAGCUGGUGGACUACGCCCGCAGCGUGCACGAGGAGUUCUGAGCCGCCGCGCCGCCCCGCCCCGCCCCGUCCCCCCGGCGGCGCCUCGAUUCCCGCGAUUCCCGCGAUUCCCGCGCGCCCACUGCUGCUCGCUUCCGAGAACUGGAGCCCUUCUGCCAGAGGCACCGGCCACAUCAGGGCCUGCGGGCUGGCCACACCGUGGGAAAUACGCAGCUCCCGCCGUUUCCUUGAAAACUGAAAGAUGAAGGCUUUGCUGGAAACCAGCAGCCGGCGGCUGGGGGGUCGGGAAGGGGCCGUGAGAGCCGCCGGCCCUGUGGCGUUCAGUCUCCGAGGAAACGCUAAUACUGGUGACAGGAAUCACAUUAAUUUACUUUGAAAUAUAGUUUCCUUUUUCUCCCA